AUGGCAUUCGCCUCGAUGAGCCAUAGUCUCUCUCUCCGUAGUUUGGACUCUCGUCGCUCUCUCUCGCCCUCUCGUGCAACAUCGUCUCUCUCUCUCUCUCUCUCUCUUUCUCUCUAUCUCGCUGCUUCAUCCCUCCCAAUCCCCCGGUGUCUGUUAGCCAGCCGGCUCGCCAUGGCCACAUACCGUUCAGAAUUGUACGUCCCAGUCGAGGUGAAUAAUUACGAUUAUCUGCCAACCCACCAACAGGAACGCCAUCUCGGCCGGGCAGAGACGAGAGGUGUCCCGCAGCAACGGCUUCACCGGUACCCGUCGUUAAGCAACAUAUGCUCUCCCACGAUGCAUAGCGACCUGGGAAGCUCGGCUGGCGCCAAUCCCGGCUACAGCACCGUCGGCCGGCCGGCGCACUCGGGCGCCUCGAGUGUGGCCGACUGGUCCGACCUGACGACGGGCACGGGCCGAGUCGCCAGUGGCGCUGGCUCGAGCCGCUCCAAGGGGCCGAUGGAGGCAACCUACUUGCCGGUACACGCGGGCUACGGUCAAUUGGGCUGUGGAGACGCUUGGUACGACGAGAUGAAGCGUCGUUUCGACGAGCGUCGACGUCGUUGGGACGAGAAUGUCAAGCGGAUGCGAGACGAAUUCUUUCGCGACCCCUUCGACGCGACGCCCUCGGCUCUGGCCGACUCUGACCGCAAGGUCAGCUGUAUGGAGUCUCAGCCCGUGGUGACCAACUACGAACGCGGUGCGGACGAGCAGAUGCAUUUCAUCGCCAAAUUCGUCGUGUCCGACUUCGCGCCCGAACUGGUCAAAGUGUCCGUGCGUCAGAGUCAGCUGGUCGUCUCGGCUCGACUCGAGCAGCAGGCCGGAGCCACGUCGUCGAGUCGAGAGUUCACCAAAUCCAUAGACCUUCCGCGUCAUGUCAUAGAAACGCAAAUCUCGGCCACCGUCACGGCCGACGGCGUCCUCGUUGUCGACUGUCCCCUUCGCUCCGGCCUGACCGGCGCCGGCUCUCCGAGUCCCGCGGCCGGACAGACGAGGCAGGACUCCGACCGGACGACAGGACUCACGUUCAAGGACCGACAAUCGCCGCCCGCCUUUGCCGCCGGCCUCGCUCGGCCUCCGGUGCCCGGA